AUGCUUACAGAAAUCAGGACGAAGCUCGCAGGAUACGACGACCUUGUCUUCCGGCUUCGAAAGAAAAACGCAAUGAAGAGGCCAACAAGGGCGAACGAGGACAAAGUGUUUACUCGUGCUUGCAAAAGCGUUACAUUUACGGAGGCCCAAUGGACUUUUCGAAGGGACGACCUCGUUGCUCUUGCAGACGAUGCUGCUGAACAGAGCUGGUUCAAUUUCAUGAUGGCCUAUCCAAAGGAUUUCGCCCCACGACUGUUCAAUGGCGUCUUCCAAUCUCGCGAGCGGCGCAUCAAGACCGGCCCUAAUCCCGACAUCUUCAUCUACUCACCAGUUCGAAUGGACGCCUUCUAUCGCGCAACUCUCACAGUGAUUGGCACCGGCAUCGUCCUUGGGCCCAUUUCCGUUCCGAAGUUGCUCAGUCGGAACCCUAUGCUAACAAUCUAUGCGUCUACACAGGGUUUCUCAAUGUUCUGUGCGGUCUUCACUAAGACCAAGAGAGACCAGGUGUUUGCAGCAACGGGUGGGUACUGUGCCCUACAAGUGAUGGCUAUGUUGCUUGGUCCCCUCAUGAAAUGGAUCUGA